AUGGGUUUAGCAACUGUGAUAGAAAAUGAAGCUCAUUUCCAGUCUGAAAUGGCUAAUGCUGGAACUAAGUUGGUUGUAGUAGAUUUUACAGCAACCUGGUGUCCACCGUGCCAGCGUAUUGCUCCAUUCUUUGAACAGCUCCCAGCUCAGUUCCCACGUGCUGUAUUUCUCAAAGUCGACGUAGAUAGAUGCGCCGAAACAGCCAGUGCACAGGGUAUCAGUGCGAUGCCUACAUUCAUAUUUUACAGAAAUCGUACAAGAAUUGACCGGCUGCAGGGCGCCGAUACUACAUCUUUAGUAAAUAAAGUAAGACAGUACUAUGGCACCGAAGAUAGUGGUGACGACGACAAUUCUGUUGCUGGACAUAUGGAUUUGAAUACAUUCAUUGUAAAGAAUGAAUGUGAAUGUCUGAAUGAAGCUGAUGACCAUCCACUAUCACAUGCACUCACAAGUGGUGGCGGGUACUUGGCUAGCGACUGUGAUGAACAACUCAUCAUAAAUAUUUCAUUCAACCAGGUAGUGAAACUUCAUUCAAUCAAAAUGAAAGCACCAAGUGACAAGGGUCCAAAAUCUGUGAAAGUGUUCAUUAAUCAGCCGAGGACACUUGAUUUUGAUCAGGCUGCUGGAAAUGCAUCGGUUCAGGAUUUGGAGAUAUCUUCAAGUGAUUUAGAAGGUAACCCAGUACCAUUGAAGUUUGUCAAGUUCCAGAGCGUUCAGAACAUUCAAUUGUUUAUUAAAGACAACCAGUCGGGAGAUGAAGUAACACAAAUUGACCACUUAGCUUUCUAUGGGUCACCGAUUUCAACAACCAACAUGGGUGAAUUCAAGAGAGUCGCCGGUAAAAAAGGAGAAAGUCACUAG